AUGAAAGACGAGUACAAUGCUAUGUUGAAAAAUAAUACUUGGGAACUUGUACCACGACCACGUGAUGCUCAUGUUAUUCAUUCCAUGUGGUUGUUUCGUCAUAAAUAUAAUGCUGAUGGAUCCUUACAGCGGUACAAGGCUCGUCUUGUUGCCAAUGGCAAAUCUCAACAAGUUGGAGUUGACUGUUUUGAAACGUUUAGUCCGGUUGUUAAACCUGCUACUAUUCAUUACGUAGAUCACUCUAUGGCCUCAAGCAGGCUCCAGAUAUUUGCCAAGUUUAUAACAGGUUGUGGUUUCCGCAGUAGUGUAUGUGAUCCCUCACUUUUUGUUUAUCAAUCAGGAUCCGAAAUGGCAUACUUACUUUUAUAUGUUGAUGACAUUAUUUUGACUGCCUCUACUGAUGCUCUCAUAUGCCGGUUCAUUGAUUUGAUGAAGAGAGAGUUCGCUAUGUCUGACCUUGGUCCACUACAUCAUUUUCUGGGCAUCACUGUUACUCGUUCAUCCACAGGAUUAUUUUUGUCUCAGUCAUUAUAUGCACAUGACAUCAUUGCGCGUGCCUCCAUGACAAAAUGUAAUCCAGUGGCUACUCCGGUAGACACCAAUUCCAAGCUCAGUGCUACCUAUGGCCUAGAUUUUUCGGAUCCCACUCUAUACAGAAGCCUAGAAGGUGCUCUUCAGUACCUCACCUUUACUUGGACAGAUAUUGCAUACGAAGUUCAGCAGGUAUGUCUAUUCAUGCAUGACCCUCGUGAGCCUCACAUGCAUGCCCUCAAGCGAAUCCUUCGCUAUCUUCAGGGCACCAUCAACCACGGACUAUUUCUCUCGGUUUCCACUAUUUCUGGCUUAACAUCAUACUCUGAUGCUGACUGGGCGGGUUGUCCUGACUCUCGACGAUCGACAUCUGGUUUUUAUAUCUUUCUUGGUAACAAUCUCAUCUUCUGGUCCUCCAAGCGACAAGCAACAGUCUCUCGAUCCAGUACUGAAGCUGAAUACCAGGGAGUAGCAAAUGUGGUUGCUGAGACAACAUGGCUUCGCAACCUUCUUCUAGAGCUCCAUCUACCUCUAUGA